CACUGAGGCGCACAUGCUUGAACUGGGGCACAGGUACGAGCCUGUUGUUCACAUCCUGCCAGCAACAGGGGAGGACUGCCAACAGCCCAGGAGCUCAUUCCAAAUCCACACAGAUGCACACGAAUGCGCACCAUGUCGGCUCCGUAGCAGCAGUAAAGUGCAAGACGAAGCAAAAACGUCAGGUUGGAGCUGCUUACGCUGCUUAAAGUCACACCAUGGCAGUCCCAUCAAAUCAGAGGCCUGCCUCAGUCUUGUCAUUGGGAUUGGACUCUCUGGGACCUCACUGCAGUUCACAGGCCUUGUACUAAUGGAAGAAGCACAUGGCACCUGUGAAGUUAAAUGUCACCUCCCCCCCUCCACUUGGGCCUUCUGCUUGAGACCUGCAUGUGACUUUUCACCUGCGACCUACGCUCUCCGUAUCUACUGACUUUGAUCACAGGAAAGUGUCUGAAGAUUUGUAUCAAAUGACGUCAAUGGCCAGCUUGUUCUCUUUCACUAGUCCAGCUGUGAAGCGAUUGCUGGGCUGGAAACAAGGUGACGAGGAAGAGAAAUGGGCAGAAAAGGCAGUGGAUGCCUUAGUGAAAAAGCUGAAGAAGAAGAAGGGUGCUAUGGAGGAGCUGGAGAAAGCCUUGAGCAGCCCAGGACAGCCAAGCAAGUGUGUCACGAUCCCCAGGUCCUUGGAUGGACGCCUGCAAGUUUCCCACAGGAAAGGCUUACCCCAUGUUAUAUAUUGCCGUGUUUGGCGCUGGCCAGAUUUGCAGAGCCAUCAUGAGCUAAAACCAUUGGAUAUUUGUGAAUUUCCUUUUGGAUCUAAGCAAAAGGAAGUUUGUAUCAAUCCGUACCACUAUAAGAGAGUAGAGAGUCCAGUCUUACCUCCAGUGUUAGUGCCUCGUCACAAUGAAUUCAAUCCACAACACAGCCUUCUGGUUCAGUUCAGGAACCUGAGCCACAAUGAACCGCACAUGCCACAAAACGCCACGUUUCCAGAUUCUUUCCACCAGCCCAACAACACCCCUUUCCCCUUAUCUCCUAACAGCCCCUAUCCUCCUUCCCCUGCUAGCUCUGGACCUGGAAGUCCAUUUCAACUACCAGCUGAUACACCUCCCCCUGCCUACAUGCCACCCGAUGAUCAGAUGGGUCAAGAUAAUUCCCAGCCGAUGGACACCAGCAGUAACAUGAUUCCUCAGAUCAUGCCCAGCAUAUCUAGCAGAGAUGUUCAGCCUGUUGCCUAUGAAGAGCCCAAACACUGGUGUUCAAUUGUCUACUAUGAAUUAAACAAUCGUGUUGGGGAAGCUUUUCAUGCAUCUUCUACUAGUGUGUUAGUAGAUGGAUUUACAGAUCCUUCAAAUAACAAAAGUAGAUUCUGCUUGGGAUUGUUGUCAAAUGUUAAUCGUAAUUCAACUAUUGAAAACACUAGGCGACAUAUUGGAAAAGGUGUCCAUCUGUACUACGUUGGUGGGGAGGUGUAUGCCGAGUGUCUUAGUGACAGCAGCAUCUUUGUUCAGAGUAGGAACUGCAACUUUCACCAUGGUUUCCACCCCACCACCGUCUGUAAGAUCCCCAGCAGCUGCAGUCUCAAAAUUUUUAACAAUCAGGAGUUUGCUCAGCUUCUGGCUCAGUCAGUCAACCAUGGCUUCGAGGCCGUGUAUGAGCUCACCAAGAUGUGUACCAUUCGAAUGAGUUUUGUCAAGGGUUGGGGAGCAGAGUACCACCGGCAGGACGUCACCAGUACUCCAUGCUGGAUCGAGAUUCACCUCCAUGGGCCUCUGCAGUGGCUGGAUAAAGUCCUUACUCAGAUGGGCUCUCCGCUGAACCCCAUUUCUUCUGUUUCAUAGUGCAGAAGUAUUCUUUUCAACUGUCUUUUUAGUGGACUUGUUUUAAUUUUAGAGGAAUUUCCAGUACAGAUACUGUGAGCUGACAUGGAAAAACAGAUAUUAUGGCUUAUUUUUUCUACGUAAUUGUGACCAACACAUUUGUAUUUUAUGAUGAUAUUACAUGUAUUUGUAUUCGUGUUCAUUGUGAUUAACUUUCAAAAGUAUUAUAAACAAUGUAGAGUAUUUUACCCCUGUUGAAAAGUUUAGCAUUGAUCUUAAACUGGAACGUGCUUUUGCUUAUUGUCCCAACUGUUUUUUAAUUUGUUAAUUUUUUACAAAGUAGUGUAUCACAUAAUGAAAUUUUAUCCUUUAAGAGAGCAUAUAUUGUGGAAAGCAGUAGACAGUAUUCCUCUGGUAAUAUCUUUGCCCUAUCACCUUUGAAAAAGCAUACAUUGUUUGCAAAAACUUAAAGUAGGGGCUUGAAGGAAACUAUUGAGUCUUAUUUGAAGGACUCUGCAGUCCUAACAUGGUAUUCAGUGAAAGCAAGGUGGUAGAUUUCUGGACGUCAUACAUUUACAUUUAAUACAGCUAAUGUUCGUCAGUGUAACGUGACUUCAUGCCAUGUAUCUUUUGUAAAACAUUUCCUUUUUAAAAAUCUCAAGUAUUUGUCAUUUACUCAAAUUUGUCCUAAGUUCUACUUAACAGCUAGUUACUGUGUGCUCUUUGGCCCUGUUCAGCGUUGUUUGCUACUUUGGGCCAAUGUUUCAAGAACUCUAAUUUUACUGUGCAUUAAUCUUUUUAUUUUGCACUUUUAUGGGUGACUGUCUUAGUGUAGCCUCUGGUGAAAUGCUGUGGGGUGAGCUGCUCUUAGAUCUCCUGCUUCCUUGGCACUCCUUUGUACAACACUACCAUUUAGAGAUGACAGCUGUAAGCUGUGCUGCUUUUUCUAGCCUUUAAUUUUCAAUUUAGUUUAUAAUGUUGUUAUUCUAUAGCUCCAGCUAAGGUGCCUAUUAAUUCCCUAUAUUGUUAUGAGUGUUAUUGAUACUGAAAGAUUUUUGUAUGAAUACCUUUGCUCUUUACCAGACUUGUCAUACAAGGACCUAUGCAGUAUAGCCAUUGGAGGCUCUUUGGUUGGCCCAAGAGUAAGGCUAUUGGUGUAAAUGAAUCACAGUGGGGGUCGGGAUAAUCCAUGUCAUAUGUCAUAUAGCAAAGAGUGUCUGUCGGCUUGUCUCUCUGCAUCAAUGCUCUGCCUCUUUCUUUUUAUCCUUUUAGAACCUACAUGGAUGCUAAUCUCCAGGACACUGUUGGAUGUGAACACUCUUAAGAUACCCGUUUAGUUCACUGUGCCUUGGCCUUAGGACUUGUAAUCACUUUCUAGGAAGCAGUUAUGGCCUGAGAAUGAAGACACUACUUUGACAAAGAAAAAGGCCUAAUUUGCCUAUCAGAGUGAGACAUUUUAUUUUCUGGUGCCUUUUGAAAAUAUACAGAGUCACUUUGUUCUUCUGCUGAAAAUGUUUUAAUUUGACUUUUUAGAGCGCCUUCCUGCCUUUAUGAGGAAAACAGCUUUUUUUGGGUGGGGGCAGGGGGAUUGUGAUUCCUUCUGUUUUCUGUGUCAUUAUUUAUUGCCUUUCGGAGUUCAGCCAUUGGAUGGCUUUGCUCCUUCAGAGGGGAUGACGUACUCCUUCAGUAGCUUGAGCUGUAAACAUUAGUAUUCCAUAGCAUGAGUGUGUCGGCCCCAUAAGAGAGAGAUGUCUUUACAGUGGAGUGUUCCUUUCUUUAGCAGGCUCAUGGCAGCCUUUGAGAAGUUUAUAGGCAUGUGUCUUGAGUUGAAUGACAGGUAGUGUAUGUCCGUGAGCUCUGCUGAAGUCUGGAAACAAGGGCCUUGCUUGUUCCUUUUUUCAGCAGUGGGUUACAUGUUGUUUCUCCACAGUCAUCAUGUCACAGGCCUCAGGCUUGUAGAGUCCUGUGUGAUUUGCUGUCUGUACAAUGGCAGGACUGAAGCUCUUAGCUGUUCCAAGUUUCAUGGAAAAAUCCCAACCUGUUGGUCCUAUGGUCAGUAAAUGGAGACUGUGCGGUCUACCCGCUCCUGUACCGUCUAAGGCUAUACAUCUGUCUGUGGGUACACAGUGCACAUGACAGGGAAUAGGGCCUCUGAAGAAGCCGCCAGAUCAGACCAGAUCAGUGCCGGUACAGUCUCAUGGAGCCCAGGCUGACCCUGAGCAUGCUAAGUGGAGAAGGUGGCCUUCAGUUCUCCACCCUCCAGUCUCUACCUCCGAAGUACAAGGAUGACGGACAACCACCAUCAUACCCAGCUUCUGUGGUGCUGAGGCUCAGCCUCAGACUUCAGGUGUGCUACGCAAGUACUCCACCAACCCAGUGGCGUCCCUAAUUCAGCAAUCACAUUGUUAGUAUAUAAAAUACAUUAAUAUCUGCCAGGGAAAAAGAUUUGCAAAUAGUAAAGAUUGCCAUCAGUUUGAUAAAUCAUGCAAAUGGAAGAAUCAAAAUCUCAGCGAUGAAUUACAGCAACAAGAUGCUGUCUAGAAAAAGCAGGACCAAGAGAUACAUUUGACGAGUUUACCUUCAGGAUGGGGUGAUGGCCUCACUGAUUAAUGGCUUUAAGUAGCCGUGCUGUGGGCCUUCCAGAAUUAGAGAAAAUGGAGGAGGAAAUCAGUUUUAAAAUAGCAAAAGCUGGGCAAUGGUGGCACACGCCUUUGAUUACAGCACUUUGGAGACAGAGGCAGGCAAAUCUCUGUUUGAGGCUAGCCUGGUGUACAAAGAACUUCUACCCAGAGAAACUUUCUUGGAGGAGAAAAAAGAAAAGAUAAAAGUAAAAUAGCAAACAAAUAGAACAGGAUAUGAAUCCUUCCUCUUUUCUUAUGUUUCAUGGUUGCUGGUAUAAGAAAAGUGGCUGAGUUGCUAAGGUGAAAUCAGUAGUAAGAUUGCUAAAUAUAACACAUCAACAGGCUAUACUAAUAAUGCAGAGAGGAAAUGUGCCAUUGUUAAAACAUUUGCAAGUUAGUCACCCUUCGGGACGUGAAUGACAGUAAAACUGAAAUAUUAAAUGAACUGUCAGAGUAAAACUUAGGGUUACCUCGGUCUCCCCAUUGCCUGAGAGGACUGUGGGUAACAUUUCCAUCCCCUGCCAGUAGUGCCAUUGUGAGGAAAGUGUGGAGGAAACAAUGAUGUUUUACUGGUUCAGGACAUGCCUGUCAGCGAUGUCAUUUGUGCUUCUGCCGCAGAGGGUGAGCACGGAGUGGCUUGGUUCAAUAUCUUCGCACCUUGCCUGGCCACUUCCCUGGCAGCACUUGGGUCCCUGGCAGUCACUGGUCUUUCUUAAAUUCCUGUCUCUUUGCUUCCUGAAGACUCUCAGAAAAUAACUUUUUUUUUUCUUUUUAAAAAUUCUUUGUUACUUUGUUAUUUUGAGACAUAGUCUCUCUGGACAGUCCUGGCUGGCCUGGAAAUUACUAUGUAGGCUAGCCUCAAACUUGAAGCAGUUCUCUUGCCUCUGCCUCUGGAGUUCUGGGAUUACAGGCAUGUGUCUCUGAGUACAGUGACUUCUGAUGAUUUUUAAAAUUGAGCCCCUGGUGAUGGUUUGGUUUUAGAUCUAUUAGCUCUGUGUAGAAGUUCUCUGUAGACCAGGCUAGCCUCUGUCCAGCCGAGUAAAUCCUCUGCUAUCUGGGGGGUCUCGUUAGAAAUGUGUGUGCUCAGCAUACAUACAGCUAAAUAUUGCUGGUUUAUAGGUGGCCUCAGAUAUUAGCUAGAGCAUCUUUUUUGAAAAUAAUUUCCAGUUAGGUUGGUAUUUCCUUCGCUGCAGUAGGAUUUUCCCUUUUGGGAGAUGCCACUUAGUUUUUCUUGUUAAAAUAAUGCAUUUAUGGGAAGUGAAAAUUAAGGCAUUAGUUCUACACUAGAUAAUUCUAUUUGGCGGACGACUCGGACAGUUCUGUGUUCUUGGGUGGAUUCCAGCGUGCUGAUAAGAAGGAUGACGGUACUUAAUAGUGUCAUCAGGCCUUGCUCAUCAGUGGGUCAGUGCUAGAGCACUUAGCAGGCAGAAAGCCCAGUGUGCAGCGCUCAGCACUGCACAGAACUCAGUAUAUACCUGUUCCGAAAUUGAAGUGACCACCUACAACUGGAUGAUAUGCCAGAACCACAGGAAGGAGAUUCGCAGUCAUGCGUUAAAAGCAAGAAUGCAUGCUAAAGCAUUGAACUGGUGACGGCUGCUGUUAAUAAUGACCUCUUCCCCAGCAAAGAGUCCCAGAGCAGAAUGUCCUCUGAAGAGAGAAGGGACUGGUGUAUUCCCUGUGCAGGGUAACUUAGUUUUUAAAUUGGCUACAUAGUUAUCCUUUAAGGAUUUGUUUGAAGUUGCUCUUUUUCAAAAGUUGAGAAUUUUGCGUGAAGUUGGGCACAUGUUUGCCCUUCCCCCACCCCACCAUAGUCAUGCCUUUCUUGCUGUGAACUGGUGUCAGCUACAACGCUCCAGUUAGGUUUGGGACCUGAGCUCUUUUGAAAUAAGGUCUUGUAGAGCGCUGUGCAGCCGUGCUCUCUCUGCUGUUGUCAGAGAAGAGCUGAGGCGUGGGGAGCCUUGGGCAGGACGGUCGGGUGGUUCUGGUGCGGCAGUGUGCUCCGUACCACGGCUGGCUGAAGCUGCAGCUUAACUGUACUUACUUCAGGUAAGAGAGCAAGUGCUGGUGUUCCCCUGCCUGCCUUCUCCGGGAAGAUCCUUCGCAUGCGGGUGGUGCCGGGCAAACGGACGGCUGCCCCGAGGUCUGCUUCUGUUCACAGUGGAGGGGCUAAUCUAGCAGCGCUUCAGCUUGCUGCCCUCUGAUACUUACAAAAACAUAGUAGGUUUUGCUGUAUUGUGCUCUCAAAGCCAUAACUCUUAAGAAAUUUGUUUUUGCAUAUUGUUUGCUAAUACUUUGUUUUAAUAAACCUCAAAACCUG